AUGACAGAAUAUCCAGAGUCAGAUGUUCGGCAGCUUAUAGCCCAGGCAAGUGAGUGGUUGUUGAACUUGGAAGAGAAAUACGCCACAAUGCCACACCUGAACAUGAGAAUGAAACGAUGGGAAAGAGACAGUUGCAGCAACGACAAAAGGUCGAGACUCUGUCCCCCCCCCCUUCUCCCCCCAAAAAAAGCAGCAAAUAAAGGACGAAAACGAACAGGAAACACAACCAAAGGCUGUAUAACUAACAUGAUGCGCGUUUCUAAAGUGAUGUCGUUACGUGUCGUCAUAGGUCGUUGCAGAAUAGAAAACAAACAAAAAUUCCAGACCAUCGCUUUUGUCUGCAAGAUUGUGUCGUCUGAACCUCUUUUCAUCCUUCUCUUACCUCAUUCAAGUCGUAAAGUAGACGGUUGCCAUGGAAGAAUUUGCCUUUUCUACCUCUGGAAUGCCGUGAAGCUUUUCAACCGUUGUGUAUCAGAAAGUGAGUGGCCAUUCCGAGGCUCCUCGCGGCUGGCAUGA